AUGCCGAACUUCGAGCCGAACGCCGUUAUUCGCGGCUGUCAGCUCACCAUUGUUGGAACUGUCCGCGCGCUGGGGAAUCCCGACUUAUUUAAAUACAACCACUUUCGACAGGCUGUCUUUGCAGUCGCUGUUGGAAUUGCUAUCCAACUUAUCAUUCAAAUUCCGAUCAUUGGGGUCAAAUUCGUUCUCUGGAUCCUCUCAUGGGUUCUUGAUCUAGAAAAUGCCACCUGGGAUGACUCUCUCGUCGAGGGUCUCGACUUCAUCUCCAACUCGGUGCUCCAGGUGCCCUUCUUGCUCAUGACACUAAUGCGUUAUAUCACACCCACCCUGGACGAGAUUUUCAUGGAAUCCCUCAAAUGGGUUGACGCGACCUACGUGCACAAGCACAAGCAUGAAGACCCCAAGAACCUGCGCGAGAUGUAUUACCCCAACCUUUCCAUGUACACCACCGCAGACGGCAAGGUCAGAACUCCCAAGGGCGCCGGCCUUGCAGCAUUCUUCAUGUUCCUCAGACGGUACGGCAAGCGGGCUGGAUUGCUCCUCGGCACUUACCUCUUCUCUUUGGUCCCCGUCAUCGGUCCUUUCGUGAUGCCGGCUGCUUCGUUCUUCGCCUUCCAAAGCGCCGUGGGAACGACCCCUGCGGCUGUCAUUUUCGGGGCCGGCUUUAUCCUCCCCAAGAGCUACGUGGUCUCGUUCUUGCACAGUUACUAUGCCUCCCGCAGCCUUAUGCGUGAACUUUUGGAGCCCUACUUCAGCCGUGUGCCCUUCACCCAUGAGCAGAAGAAGCGUUGGUUCGCUGAUCGUGAAGGGGUCUUGUUCGGCUUCGCAUUCGCUUUCACCCACGUUAUGAAGGCGCCCUUCAUUGGAGUCCUCCUCUACGGCGUGGCUCAGGCAUCGACUGCCUAUCUGGUCACCAAGAUCACGGAUCCCCCACCGAGCCCUGCGCUGAAGGAGGGAUUCGCCGAGACUCAGACGACCUGGAAGAACAAGCACGACUUCCUGAGUCUUCCCUUAGAUAAACUCGACAAGAUUAACAUGGAAGAAGAGGAGAAAAAGCCCAAGGCAUCUGAUGCCCCUAGCCGGCAAUUGUCCUAG